AUGUCCGACGACGAGCGCAAGGAGCUGUUCGACCAAGACCCGGAUCUGGUGGAAGACUUCGGCUACAACGAGUGGCCGUUCGCCGCCAAGGGCGACUUGAACGACAUCCCGAAGCUCAUCGACAAGUGCGAGAAGUCCCCAUUCGGCCACAACAUGGACACCAAGAUGGACGAGAACGUCCGCAAGAGCUGGCAGCUAGCGCCGGGCCAAGUGCAGUUCAAGAACCCAAUGUGGCAGGCCGGCAUCGACAAGAUGGCGGUGGUUAUCGCCGACCGAUUGGGGUACAAAGGCAUCCCGCUGCAGUGUGUACUGUACAAGCUGCUGGUGUACGAGGAGGGGGGCCACUUCCUCAAGCACCAGGACACGGAGAAGGAGGACGGCAUGAUCGCGACGCUGGUGGUGCAACCGCCCAGUCUGCACCAAGGAGGGGACCUCGUGGUGUUCCGUGACGGCCAAGUGAAGCACCGCCAUGACUUUGGAACGGCAGAAGGCACGGCAACGUACCUCCCGCACUACGCAGUGCAUUACGCGGACGCAGAGCACGCAGUGGAGAAGGUGACGAAGGGGUUCCGUCUCGCGUUGGUGUACUCGGUUUGCUUGCCGCCGAACAUGCGGCACCUGGAACGCAACCCGAACAAACCCUUGGCUGGAGCUUUAGCGGACGCUAUUGAGACUAUGGAGGGAGGAGACGAAUGCUUUGCGCUGCCCCUGGCGCACAAGUACACGCAGAAAAGCAUCUCUGGCUUUGGCUCGGACGCGCUGAAAGGGGUCGACCGCGCGAGGUUUCUGGCCCUGGAGGAGGCGAACGCGAGACUUGAUUUUGAGUCGAGGCUGGACUUCCACUUCGUGGAGCUCACCCACAAGGUGGUUUUCUACGGCAGCUACGGGGACAUCGGAGACUGGGAGGAGGAGAGCCGUGAUGAGGAGACGACGUGGUACACCAUGAGUGGGGCGAGUCUCGGAUCCAGCUACGUGGGCAAGUUCAAUUUCCUCAAUCCUGGUCAGGAAACGUUUGAGAUGUUGUGGGAGAAGCCGUUCGGCAGCAGCUACAUGCACGGCUACAUGGGCAACGAGGGCCCGACGAAAGAGACGACGUAUUCCCGGUUCGCCAUUGUAGCGUGGCCCGAAGAGGACGGAAUGGAUAUAUGUCGCAGUACCGCAUUUCGCAUGUAG